AUGAGCGGCAGUGUAUCGGUCAACAAGAGCCUGGGAGAGGCAUCAGAGGAGAGGCGCUUUCUCAGCACCUCGGAGGCGACUGCCUUGGAGCGGGAGCUGCUGGACGAAUACCGCUUUGGGCAGCAGCAGCUGGUGGAGCUAUAUGGGCAUGCCAGUGCCGUGGCUGUGACCAAGGCAUUCCCUUUGUCCUCGCUGUCGCGCAAGGAGAGGACAAUUCUGGUCGUGUGCGGCCCGGAGCAGAAUGGCGCUGUGGGGCUGGCAUGUGCCCGGCACCUGCGGGUGUUCGAUUACCAGCCCAGCAUCUUCUGCCCUGCACGUUCGGCUGACGCGCUACAACGCGACCUGACCACGCAGUGCGAGAAGAUGGACAUCCCCUUCCUGUCCUUCCUGCCCGCCGAGGUUCGGCUCAUCGAUGACGCGUAUGGUCUGGUGGUAGACGCUGUGCUUGGCCCUGGAGUGCGACCUCCGGCCGGCGGACCCUGCGCACGCGCGCUGGCCACACUGAAGCGGCUCUCCAUCCCGCUCGUGAGCCUGGACGUUCCCUCAGGCUGGGACACCGAAGCUGGCGGCGAUUCCGAGGACGCCGUAAAGCCCGACGUGCUAGUGUCCUUCGCGGCGCCCAAGAGCUGCGCCGGCCGCUUCUCCGGGCGCCACCACUUUGUGGCCGGCAGGUUCGUGCCUGAAGAUGUCCGCCGCAAGUUUGGCCUGCGCCUGCCAAAAUAUGCCGGCACCGACUGCGUGGCCGCAGUGUAA